AUGUAAGAAGAAUAUUAAGGUUAUGGAAUAGAUUUAGGAGGUAGAUACACUCUGCUCGCUAAAUGCAACUUAUUCUCAGCAGAUGUAGUCCUCAAUGAAGGUUCAAGAGAAACAGAGAAUGUGAUAGUAUUUUAGACACAUGAAAGAUUCUUUGGAAACACAGCAGCACAUUCAUAUAGAUCUAAUAUUCUAAAUUCUGUAAGAGGAUUCCAAAAGGCUCACACAUUUCAGUAUAAAGGGCAAUCGAUCAAAUUGGAACCCGAGUAACAGAUUGGAGCUUUUCUUAGAAAAUUGCUGCGAGAUUGCGAUAGAACAAUUGUUAUCUCUUACCCUGAUUUUUACACCCAAUUCGAUUUGAUCAGACUGUGGAGAGCAAUUCAAAUAAGCAAAGUAAAGGUCAUGGCAGCAAUUCCAGAAAAUAUGGCAAUUAGCACUUAUGUAAAUUAUUGUCAAAAUAAUGUUCUACAAAAAGAAAUGAUGAUAAUUGAUUUUGGACAUUCAAAAUUCACAGCGUUCCUAUUAUCCUAAGAGUAGAUUCUCUGUGAAGUUUUCGAUAGAAAUCUAGGAACAUUCUAGAUGGACAAUUAUUUAGCUGAAUGGAUUAUAAACCAGGCAAAGAUCACCAUAGAUAAAUCAAGUAAAUAUUAUUUGAGAUUGUUGGAUACUUGUGAGAGUAUUAGAAGACGCUUAAGUGCAAAUAAAGAUACCCAUAUUGAUAUUGAGCAACUUAUUCCAGAUGUUGAUUUUACUUGCAAUUUAACAAGGGAAAAUUAUGAGAACAUCAUAUAACCAGUUUUAGAAUAGAUUCAGAGUUUGCUAUUCAAUCUCUAUCAUUAGACCUAAAAUUAUAAUUUUAAUCUCAUAGUAACUUUGGGAGGAGGUUCUAGAAUUCCGAUUAUAUAAUAAUGCAUUAAAACUAUUUUCGAAGGCAAGCAAAUCUAAAGUACCAUACAUGCAACUGAAGCUAUUUGUCAAGGAUGUGCAGUUUCCAAUACAUUAAUUACUCAAAGGAAGGAUCAAUUAAAAAGAGAAUAAUCCAUGCAACAUUAUUUAAAUUUAUUUGAACAUUUCCCUAUCUUUGUAGGAAUCAAACCCUAAGACUAGAAUAACAAUUAAAUGCAUUAGAUCAACUUGAGAGAGUAUUUCGUCCUUAAUGGUGAGUGUCUAAGAUUUAAGCAUUGUUUAAUAAAAUAAUUGGAUUAGUUUAGGCCUUAUGAGAUAUCAUUAUUCUAUGAUCCCCCUCCUAUUGGAUGUUAAGCAUUAAUUAAAACCUUUUUGAUUACUAAUGCGAGGUUAGUUAUGUUUUAUUAUGAUGACUUUGGAGUGAUUCAAAUGUCUGCAGAUAAUAAAAUAGCCAUUCCAAUUUAGGAUUAGAAUGCAGGACUUAUGGAAAUGAUUCAAAUUGAAGAUCAAUUGGAACUAGAUGAUAGCAAUGUUUAACUUACUCACGAUCUUAGAUAUUAGUGCGAAAGAAGAAUUAAUGAAGUCAAGCAAUAGUAUAAAACCAAAAAUUUAAGUGUUCCUUAAUUAAUGAAGGUAGGUGAACUAAUUGAAGAGUCUGAACAAAGGGUUUUGGAUCAGAGUUUAACAGCACAGGAUGUUUAAAAUUUAAUGAAUGAGUUUGAAUUAUAAUAUAAAAAUAUUAUCGCUUGA